GGUACCUUGGGUGUAGUGGUCCGUGCCUUUACUUUAUAUGUUAUUAUCACGAUAACGAUGUGAUGUGAUAACGUCGUUGCAAUUGGCUCGUAUAGUGUACAAACCAUUAAUAUUAUAACUAAAGAGACGUUCAUUUUACGAAUACGGUGAAAUUUUUAUUCAGUUUCAUUAUCCUUUUCCAUAUCUUCUUUAUCACCGUCCACUUUAAACUUGAUUUUUAUCUCAACUCAUAUGCAUUGCGAUUAUUUAUGCAUGCCGUAUGUUUUGUUGGCCUACAACCGAAUACGCCCGUCGUAUACAUCUCUGUCUCGGUAGUUUGCUGCAUACGUUUACUCUACACCAUGUUAUAACACCACGGAUACGUGUUCGCCGAGCCGAUAUGGAGCUCUUCUACAUGAUUCAACGUUUGGAAUUUGUAGUGGCGAAUACGUGAAAUGUCUUAAGUCUAGGACCUAGGUUUCUUUAAUUGAUGUUACAAGCUAUACCUAUAUUUUUUUAUGUGUAUUAUAAUAACCAGAUUGUAAUCAAUUGUAAUAUUUGAAUAAAUAUCUGCUGUGAUGAUGAAUUUGAUUAUGAUGGAGAGAUCCAUGUUGAGAUCCUGGUUGAAAGACUCCGAGAGUUAAGAAUUUUUUCUGUUUGUAUUGUAUAUGCGGCAUUCAGUAAACGUGUUUUAUGUUAAUCAGGAUCCCAUAUGUGGUGUAUAUUGGUGCAUUCUUUUUAGACAUUAGUGAACGGUGUCAAUAUCGGGCAAAAAUGUCAAUAUUCAUGUUCAAGUGUUAUUAUAAACAAGAGAGGAAUAUAUUUCUAUUCAGAUUUGUAUAGUUGGCGAAUCAUCAUAGAAGAAUUAUUUCAAAUGUAAUGGCACACAUAUUGAUGAUCAAACUAAAAUCCAAAAUAUAGUAAUUAUAUGCUAUCAUGAAAAAGAACCGUUUUUUAGCAUUAGGUUUGUUUAGUGUGUUUGUCUGGCUUGGUGUUAAUCAUUUUUUACUUGAUGACAACUUUAUUGCUAAACCCAAUAAUUAUAUUGAUGAAAAUUUGGAUGAUUUUGAAUUACGACUAAAAAUUGAAGUAGAAACGCACAAUUUAAUACGUGAAAAUAUUAAACAAUUAAAUUAUUCAAGUCAUGAGGAAAAUUAUCAAUUUAACAAACAGAUAUCCAAUUCAUCUAGUGUUGUUAUUUUAAUAAUUGCUUGUAAUCGACCUUCUAUAUCAAGAUGUAUAAAUAAAUUACUUAAAUAUCGCAAAUCAAAAGAUGAAUUUCAAAUAAUUGUUUCUCAAGACUGUAUUCAUGAACGAACAUCACAAGUUAUAAAAAGUUUUGGUCGAGAUUUAAUUCAUAUACACCAACCAGAUCAAAAAGAUAUACAAGUGCCAUCUAAAGAAAAAAAAUUUAGUGGUUAUUUCAAAAUUUCUAGACAUUAUAAAUGGGCACUCAAUCAAGUAUUUAAUACAUAUAAUUAUGGCACUGCAAUAAUUGUUGAAGAUGACUUAGAUGUAGCUCCAGAUUUUUAUGAAUACUUUAAAGCUACAUUACCAAUUCUUCAAGCAGAUGAAACUUUAUGGUGUGUUUCUGCUUGGAAUGAUAAUGGAAAAUUUGCAUUGAUUGACCGAAAUGAUCCAAAACUAUUAUACCGGUCAGAUUUUUUUCCUGGACUUGGUUGGAUGCUUACACGUAAACUAUGGAUGGAAUUAAUGCAUAAAUGGCCACAUAGCUAUUGGGAUGAUUGGAUGAGACAUCCAGACCAAAGAAAAGGUAGAUCAUGCAUACGACCUGAGCUUUCUAGAACCAAAACCUUUGGAAAAAUCGGUGUAAGCAAUGGUCUUUUUUAUGAAAAACAUCUAAAAUAUAUAUACUUGAAUGAAGUUCCAGUUGACUUUACUAAAUUAAAUUUAACAUAUUUAUUAAAAGAUGAAUAUGAUAAUAACUUUGUUGCGAUGGUUUAUAGAGCACCACUUGUCAGUAUAAAUGAACUUAAAAAUAAGCAAAUUAGUCAUAGAGAUCCUGUGAGAAUAACCUAUUAUACUAAGAAUAACUUGAAAUCCUUAACAAAAAUAUUUGGUCUAAUGGAUGAUUUCAAAAGUGGUGUACCUAGAACUGCUUACAAAGGCAUUAUUAGUUUUACAUAUGACAAUAGAAGAGUGUUUUUGGCUCCUAUCAAAGAAUGGCACAAUUAUGAUCCGAGUUGGCAAUGAUACAUGCUCUUUAAAAAUAUAGUUUUAUAUGUAAUGUAAAUAAUAUAAUGUAAUAUUUUUAUUAUUUUUUUUUUUAAUUUUCAUUAUUGUUUCUAUUAAAUAUACUUAAAUUAGUAUUGAAAUGUAUAUUUUGUUCACCAAAGAAUAAUUUGUAGUAGAUUUUAAUCAUAAUAAGGGGUUAUUUAUUUAUUUAUUUAUUUAUUUAUUUCAUUUUUUACAAAUGUUAUAGAUCAAAUUGGCUGUUAUAACUAAUACGAUUUUAAUUGUCUAUUAAAUUAUUUUGUUAUCUUAUUUAUAAAAAAAAUUAUUAGAAAAUUAUUGUUUUGUGUUUUAUUUGUUAAAAAAAUAUGGGUAUAAUAAAUAAUAAUUAAUUAAA